UGUGCGACCAGCUCGGGUUUAAAUCGUUCUGGAAAAAAAAUGACUCCUGUCAGGCUGGAUAAAUCUUCUCAGCAACCAUCGGCGUGGAUCGCCGUGAAGCGCGUGGACACAACCGAAGAAGUUGCUGCUCUUCGAGAAGUCUCCUUUCCUCUUGGAGCUCCAGGCAACAUAAUCAAACAGAUCAUCACCGACACCUUUGGACUGAACUCUCCUGAUGUCGUGUUGAAGAUGAGGAACCAUCGCGGCCAUCUGAUCCCACUGAACGGCUCCAUCCCCGCUAACAGUAAACACACGGCGCAUGUACUGGAAGUAACCAGGUUCUUUCAACACGUUCGUCCCAAACCCAGAACCAUUCCAAUGACUGUGAUCAACAGGAGCAUGAAGACCAGACUGCAGGCUGUAGAAAGACGGAUCCAGAGACUAAAUGACCUUCUGCCUCAGAUCAAACUGCAGCACAAUGAGAAGCUGAUGCAGGAGAUCGAAUGUCUGAACCAGAAGCUGAGGUUUCUUUAUCGGAAAAUGCAGGUGGCAGAUUCCCACAGCUGGAAAGGUGCGCUGAUCAGAGCCCCGCUUUGGUAAAGCGGCCCCCACGUCUCUGACCGACGGCUCAUUUGUUGUUUUAUAAUCUGCCCUCUGAUGUUUCUCUGGAUCAUCAUCACCUUCUCUUUAUCUGCCACACAAUCUAUGAGCAAAGAAAAAUUAUACUUUCAUCUGAGAAAUAAAAAUCCAUCGGCUGAUUUGUGAUACUAACACAGCAGGCCUUAGAAGAUUGUUUGAAGAAGCUAAUUUUUAGCACUAGUUUGAAGAAACUUUAUAAUAUUUACAGAAUAAAGCUAAAAAGAAAAAGAUGGAGAGAAACAGAUGUGGUGUGUCUUUAAUUGGCUGAAUGAGAGAUAUUUUAUUCCUGUGCAUUAAACGUAGAUCAGUUUAAAGAAUAUGUUAAGUGCAAUUAGGUACUUUUGCAGGUUAAAUAUUAGAUUAGCUAACAUUACGACAUGCACAGAUAGCUACAACAUUAAUAUUAGCAUUAAAUCCCAAUACUGAAGAACAUUCUAGGGUCUUUCUAAAAAAUAAAUAAAUUUAAG